GGCGGACCCCGAGCUGCUCCUGCGGGAGCUGGGCGGCUGGGACUGCGAGCUGUGCCGCCGGGAGCUGCCCGCCGUGCUGCCCCGGCUGCUUAUAUCCUUCCCAGCAGGGCUUUUGGGUGGCUGCGGGAAAGGCACAGGAGUGGUGGUGGUGAUGGGGGGUGUGUGUGUGCAUCCUUCAGAGUUCCGCGGUUCAAGCAGCUGCGUGUGAGGGAGGGCGGUGGGACCUUUGUGAGGGGCUGGGAGUUUUGCUGGAGACGGGUACUGCCUUUCUCUGGAAUAAAAGAUUCAUAGAAUCUAGAAAAUCUCAUGUGGUUCAUUUAGCACUGUAGGUAACUCCCCGACACACCUCUUCCCCCCUCUUCCACCAGAACAAAACAAAAGAAACCAAACCCUCUAAAAAAACCCCAAACCACAGACCACCCAAAAAAAAACCCAGCCCCCAAAAAACAGCAAAAAAACCCUCAAGACUUGCUCUCUAAUACAUUUUGGAAAUACUUUGUUGAUCCCGCGGGUGCUCUUGCAUUGGUUAUGGAGCAUCCCCAUCAAUUUCAUGCCUACAUAGGACAGUGUUAGAAGUCACUGUGGCUUCUGCAGGUGCUUUAAAGAUAGCCUUUAUAGCAGAACAAGUUUGAUUUUCUUUAACGAUUUUACUCAAUGUAUCAAGAGUCUGAAGACUGGACUGAGCAUAUUCGUAUUUUGAGGAUCUUGAUUGAAAUGUUUUUGCCACAUAUCAGCCUUGAAGAUGUGGAACAAAUUUUUUUCUCAAAAGUAUUACCUAAGUUUUGCUGUGUUCUGCCAGACUCUACAGUUCUUUGAUAACCUGAUGUGUGAAUUAUCCAGCAAGGCCAAAGGACUGACCAGCCAGAGUACAGAAUUGUGCAGCACUGUAAGGAAUCUGCUACAGACCGUGGUGCAGCUGCUGGAGACGCUGACGGGCUGCGUGCGCUACCUGUGCUCAGUGCAGGAGCUGUCCCUGCAGAGCAUCCACUCCCUCCCUUUCUCCGUCCUCUGUGUGGUAAAGAGCACCUUCACACACUGCAAGGACAGUGAAUCACUGUACUAUGGGCACCUACACUUAAUUUCUGACCUCCUACAAUCCGUGUUCAAGGAAGCUUACUCGCUACAGAAACAGCUGAUGGAACUGGUUGAUCUGAUUUCCAUAGACUCUGCUUCCACUGAAGAUGAGAUCACCUAUAUGGUGUCAGUAAUCCACACUGUGCUGGAGAUCUGCUCUGUCAUUUCCAAUAUGGACCACGCUCUUCAUGCCAAUACAUGGAAGUUCAUAAUCAAACAAAGCCUGAAGCAUCACUCUCUGCUGCAGUGCCACCUGAAGCACAGUGACAUCCUUGGUGGCCUGUGCAAGGACACUCUUCUUUCUUUUGACUCCUGUUUGCAGCUGGCUGAGCAAAUGAAGGUGUCAGAGAUACAGGAAGGCACUGACUUGAGGCUGUUCCAGAAGACAGUGAAACUGUGCAGGUUCUUUGCUAACUCCCUUGUACACUACACCAAGGAAUUUCUUGCCUGCUUCUCUGAUUCCUGUUCUCAGUUACAUCAGCUCUUUCUUCAGAUAUACAGCAAAUUUCCUCCCAGUCUUUAUGCUCCAGAGAUGUUUGAAGUUCAUCAAGAUGAAAUAUCCCAGGUUUUUCUUGUGGCUCUGGACCCUCUCAUGACCCAGCUCCUUCCCUUUAGUCCUUUCAUGGAACAAGUGUUAAGUGAAAAUUUAGGUCUCCCUCCUGAGCAGCAGCUGCCCCAGUGUCUCCUCCUGCUUACCAUAAUGGACAAGCUGUCCUCUCAGCCUGAAGAAGUGCAAACUCUUUGGAACACAGGAAAAAGCCUGUCCUUGUUUUCAGCUCUCUUCCUCAGUUUCCAGCAAUGUUGUGGGGAGCUUUCUCUCCCUGUCUGUUUGCCACAGGUGGUCAGUAGUGGACAGCCAGCAGUUCCCAUCACCCUCUAUCACUAUGUCUGUGUCCACCUGUGCUCCUUCAUUGCUUCCACACUCCCAUCACACUUCCCUCAGCUGGAGCGUGCCCUGCUGGAUGCUGUGCUGGGUUCCAGCAUGAUCACAUCUCUGCUAGCAAUGGACUCGUGGUGCUUCCUUGCCCGGUAUGGAACAGCUGAGCUGUGUGCUCACCACGUUAAUGUGAUUGCCCACCUGGUAAAGGCUUGGCCCAGUGACUGCUGCCAGGUCUCUGCCCUGGGUGUGCUGCUGAGGCGAAUGCUGUUCCUGAUGGCUCCAGAGCAUCAGGUAGAAUUUGCUCAUAAGUUUCCUCCUGAAGAGGUGGAGAACUUGGCUGUGUGGCAGCACUUGUCCCUGAGAGCCCUGAAUCCUGACCUUAGGGCACAAGUGGCAUCUCAGCUGUGCUCAGCAGGGCUGGCACAGUGCCAGCAGUGGCUGAACAGCAGCCGUGCCUUGGGAGGGCUCCCACCCGUGAACACCGCCCUUUCUGUCCUGCUGGCUGCCUGCAGUUCUGCUGAUGCCACUCUGGAGGCAGAACUUAAGACAUCUGUCUUGGCUGUGCUCAGUCAGUUCUGGUCUUUUCUCCAGGCUAAGCAGGUCUCAGAUGAGCCACGUCUCCAGAAGACACUGUGUUUAUUACUUCACCUUUUGGAAUUUUUCAUCCAAGCAUUAGAUGCUCAACUGAUGACCCAGGUAUUUGCACUGCAGUCAUCCCUGCUCCAGCUGCAUCCCCCAGAUCAUGUCCGUCUGGCAAUGGUGGAUUUUCUGUCUUCCAUGGGAAAGGUGUUUAUUCCACAAGAAGCACAGAGGCAGGUUGUGCCCCAGCUGUCCUGUCUGUUUGCCUCUCUGCUGGCUGACCAGAGCUGGCUGAUUCACCAGCACACACUGGAGGCAUUCACACGUUUUGCAGAGGAAACAAGACAUGAAGAUGUUGUUCCUUGGUGCCUUAAUUCUGAAGAAGCUAAGAACAAAGUUGUUAAUUUUCUGGCUAGGGUAAGGCAGGUGGAAGAGACAAGAGAAGCACGAACAGAACGCCUGAAGCAAGAAAGGAUUACCUGGAGUGCACAGGUUUUGAAAGUGGAUGGAGAAUUGGAGUCAACAGGAGAGCCUGUGGCCAAAAGAGCCUGUCACCCCCCCUCUGAGGAGCAGUACAAGGCAGCAGUAGGCACGAUGGAGGGGGCAGUGGAGGCUGUGAAGCUGCUGCUCCAGAAAGGGUCCCCACCAAGCUGGCUUGCAGUGAAGCUGGAGGCUCUGCACACAGCCAUAGCCACCCUCAGGGACAGCUUGCGAGCCUGAUGAUGCUGCCAGAGGUACCUACCCUGUCAUGGAGGAAGAUGAGUGCCAGCAACACAUCGUAGAUCCCUGCACAGAUUUCUG